GUAUGAUUGCUGCUGCUGCUGUUGUUGCAAUAUUUGUUCUUUCAGGCGACAAGGAUCUGUACGCGAAAGGCGAAAAAAGCAACAUACUGUACCAACAAUAUCACAACUAUUAUCGCCAACGUCUAAUGACUGGAGGUGCCUGGGCGCGAGACAUCACAAACUUUUUCAACAACGCCCUCUUUCCCGAAACCUCAUCCUCACACGCCACUCUGGAUGUGGCAGAUACCGGCACCUCCUACAACAGCUGGGAAGAGGAACUCGAGCGUGCUAUGGAAGAGGGAGGCUAUUGCGCAAUCUUCCUCUGCUGCGCACCCGCCAUCUGCCUCUGCUGCGCACCCGCCGCUGCUGCGCACCGCCAUCUGCCUCUGCUGCGCACCCGCCAUCUGCCUCUGCUGGCGCACCCCCAUCUGCUCGGUCGCACUUACCAGCCUACUCUACUCCUGUCCACCACCCCUGAAACACUGCCACCUGUCUCUGCGACAGCUCCUGUCGUCUUGCACUCGCCUGGCUCCUAUCAUUGGGGGCACAAACUCACUCCUUUCUCGGCAAUGCAAGAUCUUGCAUUGGCAGGCGAGGCUAUUGUGGUUGGUGCUAUCCCUCCAAGCCCCAAACCAAGCCAAGGCGGUCCAGGACGAAGGUUGCUGAGACUGGACCAUCCACCAACAAACAACAGUCUAAGCAGCAGCGCAGUCUACUGUCUUAAAGAUCUACACCCUCUCAUUGCCGUCGCCGUUACUCCCAGCUGCCCUCGAUCAUUUCUGGCACUGGCGCACUCCAUCAUCAUUAUAUCUUCCUAUCCGCUCUCCUGCUAUGUCUACCAUACCAUAAGCAACUAG